GUGACGUAUUUCCGUCUGCUGUUUCCGUUCUUGCAUGUCGUCGAUUAUCCAGCUUCGUCAGAGCAGUUGGCUCGUGAAUUAGCUGCUUGCACUCAAGAAUGGGCGAAAACAUGGCUACUCAUAUGAGUGUGGUGGCGCUCAACUUCAGCGACGACGUUCGCACCAUCGACCGUUGCGGCCCUUCUCUGGAGCGGAGCGUCAAGUCGCGCCUGGUGCUGGACGGCCGCGACCCGCCGCAGUUUCGAACUAGCGUCGAGCUUCGGCCGCGCCACGUGGAGGCCGAGUACGGCGUCACGCUCGUGCUGGACACGACCACCAUGGAGCCGACGGCGUACCGCGAGCACCUGCUCGUCGUACCGCGCACCGUGGCUGUGAGCCAGGGCGAGUCGGUGUUUUGCUUCCCGCCGCUGCCCCCGCACACCGUCUACAAGAGCGCGCUGGUGUACGACACCCGCCGUGCUGACCUGUGGUACACGAGCACCGUCGACCUCGCCGUGGUUGGUACCCUGGGCCUGCCCUUGGACGACGAGGAGGAGGAAGACGAAGUCGUAGGACGACGCUGCUGCUGCUUCAGCUGGCGACGAAUGCUUCGAAACUCUCAACGGCGCAGGCGUCGACUCUGAUGAUGAUAAUUCGUCUUCGAAGCUGUGAUCUACCCUUAGGGUGUUCUUGUGACAUGUUCGCCCUAAAUAUCGCACGCGGUGCUCACCGGGACGCCUUAGUCGCUGCGUUGAUUGGCCGAAACGGUGUCCCCGGUGCGAUUAAAUGAAGAUGCUAUUAGUUAACCCGGUAAACGUUUGUACAACACGGAGAAACGAGACUAAAAGCAAACGAAGCGGGGGCGUAAUCAGGGGCUUGCUGUCAUCUGCACAUGAUCUAUACACUGCCGGCUGCUCUUCACGACUCUGAGCCACACCAAGGCAUUGGAGAUGCUGGGGUUCUAUUCUCUGCACAAUAUAUGUGUACCCAAUAAGGAUGUCCGCGGGGUUGCUUGCAGCGGGCCAUUUCUCAUGUUCCAUUGUAGCUCGGCACACUGGUGGGCGUCCAUGUGUCCUGGCGUUCGUCACCUUUGUCGCGCUACAGCGAGACUAGGCGCACUGUCUGUUUCAGGGGACGCUGACUGACUGGUUUGCCGACCUCUCAGCUCCGACUAAUCAGCGCGUGCUGAAUCACACGCGCUAACUGCACGUAGUAGAUGGGUCGGGGACAUUAAUGUUCAGUGAAAGCGGGGGCAGUCGGGGUACAUACUUUUUCAGCGUUUGAACAAACGUGCCCUAAAACAAGCGCUUUAGGGAAACAUUCCAUGUCUUGAUUUUUUUGCGAACAUAUAUAUUCUGCAGCUUUAUAUCGAGUUUAAGAGUGCACAACGCAUUUGUUUACAGAGUGACUUGUUGCAAAUAUGGUAGAAGAUAAAUAAAUAUAGAUAUGUGUGUGUGUGUGUGUGUGUUCUAUUUCGUACAUUUACACUGCCCGACCGAGUUAUACUCCACAAAACGCGUAGGCGGGGUUUGGUUAGGCAUUGCGCAUGUUUUGAAAACUAUAUACCCUUGCUAUCGCUCAAACGUUACUUGCUUGGCACAUUCCACUAAAUCCCUGUGUGAUGAAGGCGAGGCUUCUUACACAUACAGUUACCUGCUUGCUCUUGCACGUUUCUUUUUUUAAACAACGAAGAUGUUAUAUUUGUGUUAUGUAUUUUUUGGGGAUGCCUACAAAGCUUCAUUUGGAGUUAUGCCCUGUUCAACUGUUGUUAUGUUGUCGUUAUUUUUAUUCAUGCGUGUGCUGCAAUCGAUAGUAUACUUGUCUCAGCUGGAGGCAUUUGUUGAGCAUUGCAAUGAUCAGAUGUACAAAUAAAAGAGCUUUUAGCUUUGUUUAUUUUU